AUGCCCAACAAUAACAAUGGUAUACGAUCCUGCUCAAAUGUUGUUGACAAUUGGUACAGUGAAAGCUCAAAAUACAAUUACAGUUUACCCGGUUAUAACUACCAGACAGCAACGUUCACACAGUUAGUAUGGAAAUCAAGCCAGACGGUUGGUUGURCCCGAUGUGGUACCGGUGCUCAGCUACCUGGCCAGUGGUUAAUGGGUGCUAUUGUAUGCAACUAUUAUCCAGGUGGCAAUAUUAUUGAUCAAAAUAAUCAGUCAUUCAGGGAUAAUGUUUUGCCAAUUUAA